AAUGGCUCUGCUAUUCCCUAGUAAAGCGGAACCUUUCGUUAACGCUCAGUGUGUUACACGGACAGUUUUAAUGUUACUGGUAAAUAUCAGUGAAGAUGGCGGCGCGCUUGAAGAAGCCACAUGUCGUUGUUGAGGUUGAAAAUGGGGAAGUUUCUGAUGACAGCAUUUGUAUAGAUGAGGAGGAUGAAACAUCGGGGAGUGAAGACCAGGAUGCGGAUGAAGAGGAUGAGGAGUCAUCAGAUAUGGGGAGUGAUGGAGAUGAAGAGGACCAGAAAGCAUCAGAUAUGGGGAGCGAUGGAGAUGAAGAGGAUCAGAAGGCAUCAGAUAUGGGGAGCGAUGGAGAUGAAGAGGAUCAGAAGGCAUCAGAUAUGGGGAGUGAUGGAGAUGAAGAGGAUCAGGAGGCAUCAGUUGUGGGGAGCGAUGGAGAUGAAGAGGAUCCCAAUCCCAACGCCGGCUGGGCUGAGGCUAUGGCCAAAAUCCUGGGGAAGAAAGUACCAGAAAGCAAACCCAUCAUUCUUGUGAAGAACAAAGAGCUGGACAAGAUCAAGGAGAAGGAGAAGAAAGAGCGUCUUGAAAAAAAGAAGCAGUUUGAUAAGAAACGAACAUGGGAGAAUAUGUGCCGCGAGAAGCCUGAUGUGGUACGAGACAAAGACCAUGAGAGGAAUCUACAGAGAAUUGCUACUAGGGGUGUAGUGCAGUUGUUCAAUGCUGUGAAGAAACAUCAGAAAAAUGUGGAUGACAAGAUGAAGGAUGUUGGGGGUUCAGUGAGAAAGAAAGCCAAAAUCCUCUCAUCUGUGUCUAAGAAAGACUUUAUUGAUGUCCUUCGAGCAGCAGAUGGUGUUCACAGACCUGCCAUCAAGAAAGAAGUGCCUGUAGAAGUGAAGGAGGAGCAUCCAUCGUGGAGUGUGCUGAGAGAUGAUUUUAUGAUGGGCGCCUCUAUGAAGGACUGGGAUAAGGAGAGUGAUGAAGGUGGAGGUGAACAGGAGCCAGCUGAGGACUACAGCAGUGAUUCUGAGUGAUCCCUUCACUGAUGCCCAUCUGCAUCAUAAGUUGUGUACACACCUGUGUACUGACAGAAAACUGCCUACUGUUGAGUGCUAAAACUCUACAUUACCCAGAAUUCUGUACGGGCAGAUCAUAUGGCUGAAUUUGAAAUGGGGAAAGACACUGGUUUGAAACAUUGCCCUAAUCUGGAUAUUGUGACAAAGACUGUUUAUACAAACGCUGUUCUGUAUAUAGUCAUUUAUAUCACUGUUCUUCGAAAUUUGAAAUGAGUGCUUGUGGUAUCUUUCUUUAAAAAUAAAAACACGGCUUACUUGUAUGUUUAUGUAAUGCAA